CUCGGUAUCUAUUAGAGACGUCUGCGCACUGUAUUUGCUGCCAGUACGUAACUUAGCUCGUAAGUAAUAUCAUACUAUCAUUCACCAUGUUCACAGCCUUACGUUCAACCCUCCGCAGCAGUAAUGCUCUCAGGGCAGCCACGAUGGCUCGAUCAUAUUCUAUGGCGCCCAACGUCAGCCGUGUUGUCGUGAUCGGAAGUGGACAAAUGGGUGGAGGUAUCGGCCAAGCCGCAGCACAAUCUGGGUACGACGUGACACUGGUUGAUAUGAGCCAGGACAUCCUAGCCAACAACCUUAAGGCUAUUGAAAAGUCUCUUACCCGUGUGGCCAAGAAGAAGUCAGGUACCGAAGCGGAGAGUUUCGUAAAAGACAUUAUGAGCCGAAUCUCCGUUAGCACUAGCGCUCCCGAGGCUGUCGCCGACGCAGACAUUGUCAUUGAAGCCAUUGUAGAGAAUCUCGAUGUCAAGCGCAAACUUUGGGCUGAUUUGGACAAGGCCGCCAAAAAAUCAACUAUCUUCGCAUCGAACACAUCGUCGCUGGCCAUUGGAGACAUGGCGACCGUCACCGAGAGACAGGAUCGAUUCUGCGGACUUCAUUUCUUCAACCCCGUGAGUGUUAUGAAACUGGUUGAAGUCAUCAAGACCGACAAGACUAGUGAGGAAACCAACACUACCAUGAUGCAAUUCGGAGAGUCCCUGAACAAGAGAUGUGUGCAGUGCACUGAUACUCCCGGUUUCAUCGUGAACCGCUUGCUUGUGCCGUACCUGAUGGAGGCCAUCAGAUUGCUCGAACGUGGAGAAGCCACUAAGCAGGACAUUGAUGCUGGUAUGAAGUUGGGAGCGGGCCACCCCAUGGGACCUUUCCAGUUGGCGGACUAUGUUGGUCUAGAUACUAUCAAGUUUAUCAUGGACGGUUGGCACGCAAAGUACCCGGAGGAUCCUCUAUUCAAUCCGUCGCCAUUACUGACUAAGCUGGUAGAGGACGGCCACCAUGGAGUCAAGACAAAGCAAGGGUUCUACGAAUAUUAAGUCGAUAGCCAAUUGGACACCGAAACACGAAUAUGAGAAUGAUUAGGUUGAUUAAAAAGUUAUCAGUGAUGCUUGGAAUAGGCCGGUUGGGUUUCCUUCAUUGGUGAUCCACACAUCAAGACUUUGCAAAGUAGUUGCUGUAAAGUAUCGAAGGAUGAUCUUAUUAUUCAAAAUAUGUGAAUUACUAAAGUAUAAUCGACCAAAAUACUUUAUUUAAUUUAUAGUGGCACAGGCCAACCCCAACCUACAUGACUUCCGAUGCAUCUCAUGCCUCAGGAAAGAAAAUGAGCGUGUGGGUGAGACUGCUGCGUACAAUUAUUGCUUGUCGCAAUGACAAAAUUUCCGGUUUUGAAAGGGUUUAGUAUAGAUAUCGCAUAAUUUGGAUGGAUUGC